AUGACCAAAGUUUUUGCCUCGAGCCAAACUACGAAUACCGAGAUAGUGCUUAAGCGCCAGAAACAACAGAAGAGAAGAGGAAGAGCUGUACAUGCCGUUGCUUGUUUUGGUGGCACCACAUGCUAUCUGUUUUUGAGUUCUGUUGUUAUCUUGUCUUGGGGCCAAAUAGUGGCUAAUUGGUUGGCUAUUUUUCCUCUAUCUCUACUAGAAGCCGGUUCCAUUCUGGCGAAGUAUAUAGCCAUGGCUUUGGCCGCCGGUCUGCUUUUCUGGACGACUUAUUACUUGGGUGUUUUGUACCGCUGUCUUCUUUGUUAUACUUCGCAUAAUGUUUACAAUCAGUUUGCUUAUCAUCGCUGGCUAAUCCGGUUCUUUGUCUGCAUCAAAAGAGAGCACACAACUCCGUGGAAGUUGAGACAUCUACUACUUGCCAUCCUUUUCCUGGGCGGAGUAUGGAUUGCAAUAGCUAGAGAUGGCCCGGCUCUCAAAACUAUUGGGCUUUUACUGUUUGAGCUAUCAAUACUAUUCUCGUUGGUGUAUGUGCUGGCCCGGAGUCGAUCUUGUAUUAAGUUUGGCCUUAUGCUGCGCAUGUCCAAUGUUCUAUUCUCUUGGCUAGCACGAAAAGAAGUCGUGUUUGGGUACUUCUGUGCCGGGCAAUGGCUGUUAGGCUUUACGUACCUCUUCUGGAUGGCAAUUAGUCUGUUUACUUAUUCCUCUAGCCCAUGGCUCUAUUACUCUCUAGCUGGGCACAUUUACUGGUCGGCCAGUCUCUACUAUCUGUCUGGCUUGCAUUUGGGUUACCGCUACACCGAAUACACCAUUCGCAACAACCAUCGGCCCUCUUUAUGGGCCACGCUCACCUAUCUCAUAAUUAGUACAGGCAAAGUCUUCCCUCGGCUCUGUGCAGCUGCUCUUAUCUUCCCUUUGGCCAUGAUAAGACACGUCUUUAUGGUGUUCAAACAAGCCAAUGCUAACCAAAGAAACCCCCCAGCGCCACUAUUUUAUUCCGGACUCAGUAUUCUUCCCCUGUGCCUUCACCAACUGGAAGCCCACUAUCUUUCCUAUAUUCUGAACAAGAGCUUCUUUAAAACCACCACACUCUCUACCGAAACCCUUGCCACCCGAUACUGGGUUAUUUCCAAAGCCCUUGCCACUGGCCAUCACCUCGCUCUAGGCAUCCAAAUAUCCUGGCAAAUAGGUGCGUUCUUCCUGUUUGAUACUACUCUCCACGGCCCCUCUAGCAUCCUUACUAUCCCAACUUCACAUUGUUCCAUCUCUACCGCCACCAACCCAGUUGAAGCCAUGCCGCACACAUUCUGGUCUAUCUGUUUCCCAUGGCUGCUCUUCUUAUUCGCCACCUUUUUCAUCUAUAUUGGCACCCUGGCCUCUCUACUAAUGGCUUUCAAAACUCUCUUCAUUCUACGAGACAUUGGCAUGUUUGAUACUCAAAAAACCGCCGACCAUCUCUUCAACCAUGCAGUCGAGGAAAUAGAUACCGUUUUUCGUUUCUACACUUUCCGCAAACCCCCCACCAGCAACGAUACCACUACCAUCGACCACCAGAACUUCCUCUCCAAUAAAGACUUCCUCACCCGCCUGGCCAUCCUCUAA